AUGGCCACAACAGAGGGCCCUACCGCCGUGGAACCUCCUCCAAGAAUCACAGAGACCACUUUACUGGUUCAUUGCUACAUGGGUGCUCUUUGGAGUCUCCGUCGCAUUUUUGCGGCGCGCAUUGGAGUACGAUUAGGCAUCUCUCGAAAGCUGUACUGGGAUGAUGCAUUGGCUACCGGCGCACUGCUGGCUCUGCUGGGGCUUUGUAUCGCACUGACGCUGGCCGUUCCUGGCAUGUAUGCGGUCCUCCAGGUCGGCUCUGGGCUCAGAAAACCCACUGCGACAUUCCUGGAUGACGCCAGUCGUUAUCUGAAGCUGCAAUUUGCCUUGUCGAUCUUGUAUUGGACAUGCCUGUGUUAUCCGCUCGCGUGUUCAUCAUUCGUUCUCGGGGAAUGUGAGAAUUCCAAAAACCUCUACCGCUCGCAAGUCAGCUUGAAAUACAGCACAGCGGUCGACAUUAUCUCUGAUGCUUUCAUUAUUGCACUGCCGAUGUACCUUGCACUACGAGUUCAGCUUCCGUGGUCCCAGAAGAUAGCUCUCGGAGCAGUGUUCAGUAUAGGGGCUGUGAUUAUGGUUUUCUCGGGAAUUCGAAUAGCUGUCAACAUGGAGAGUGGCAAACAUCCAGAAGUUUCCUGGCUCAAUUUAUGGUCACAAAUUGAAGCCUCGAUCGCCGUCAUUAUCAGCAGCAUCGCUCCCUUCAAGGCCUUCUUCACCCAGCGGAGGAUGAAAUCAUCAUACGAGGAGGGAAACUCGCCAAGUAAGAGAUAUCCACCAACGUCUUGGAACUCGGGUCAUCUGAGAGGCACUUCUUCGCGACCUCCUGCGGCAAUACCACUUGAAGAUCGAAGCUCCCAGUUUGCUCUUCAGCAUCAUCAUGGCACCAUAAACAUAGCGCCAAAAGAGGAUGAUCCUACCGAGCGAAUCUUUCAAAAGCGAGAAGCUGGAGUCGGCAGUGCAUUCUGA